AUUUAUUGAAUGAUUAUAAAAAAAUCGAUUAUUAAUAAAAAAAUCACGUAUUAAAAUCGAUUUCCAUAAUCGAUUAUUUUUUCACAUUCCUACUCGAAUUUGGGUUAAUGUUCUGCAGGCUUAUGCUUCACAUCUGUCUGUGUCUGUGAUAGAUAUUAAUUACUGUGGUUUUGUGUUUCGACUGUUUAAGUUUAAGUUUAGAUAUAUUUGAAAGUAUUUGAGUGAAAACAUAAGAAUGUGGAGUGACUCAUUACUAAUUGUUUUCAUUUCAAUAUGUACAGCAUUUCUUGGCGAAGGUUUAACUUGGAUUUUAGUCUACAGAACAGAAAAAUACCAGAAAUUAAAAGUAGAAGUUGAACGCCAGAGUAUAAAGUUAGAAAAACGGAAAGAAGCACAUGGAGACUCCCUGGAUAAACAUCAUAAGAAAAAGAUUGAAAGAGAGGAAGAAAGGCUGAAAAAUAACAAUAGAGAUUUAUCAUUAGUAAAAAUGAAAUCUAUGUUUGCUAUUGGAUUCGCAUUUACUGCACUUCUUAGUAUGUUUAAUAGCAUUUUUGACGGACGAGUUGUGGCUAAACUCCCUUUCUAUCCAAUAUCUUGGAUUCAAGGAUUAAGCCACCGAAACUUACCCAGGGAUGAUUAUACAGAUUGUUCAUUCAUUUUUUUGUACAUUUUAUGUACCAUGAGUAUAAGACAAAAUAUCCAAAAGCUUCUUGGAUUUGCACCAUCAAGAGCAGCAUCAAAACAAGGCGGAGCUCUCUUUGCAGCACCUCCACCACAAUUCAAAUAAUUUAUUAGAGUCAUUAUCAGAGUAAGACGACAAGCCAACCUUCAAAAGCUGAAUGAUGAGACUAAAAGAAGUGUCGCCCUCCUUAUUCUUGAUGUUGUCAAGGCAUAUGUGCCUUAUCAUUUCUCUCUUUCUACCAUUUCGAAUAGAGGGCCGUGUCAAGUUUGGUUAAUAGAUCCCUUCAUUAUUUUUAUGUAUCCUAUGCCUUACUGCGAAAAGCAAUAUUUAAAUGAGAAAUCGGAUUGCUUUCAUUAAUAUCCAAUUAUUUAUUAAAAUGUUCUGUUACAAAGUU